GGCUUCACCACCUCAUCUCAUCGCCAAAGCAUCGCGUCCUCAUCAAUCUCCGCCGAUUACCGCUCUUUAGUUGCUUCGAAGCACUAACUAUAUCCGCCGGUUGCACGAUUUGAACCACCGUCCCCGCGUCGCACCAAAACACGCGGCGCGCGGCCCACCGUUGCCCGUGACGAGUUCCGCAUAGGCUUCAAGUCGGACCUCAGAGCAGCUGUUCAUUCGGGCGUCGCAGAGGCUGCCAGCAUGUCCGGCCAGACGCCUACCCAGGGAACGGCCAACUAUGGCGGCCAGCCGGUCACCUCGCCCGCGGCGCCCGCGGCACAGACGACCACCGCUGCCGGGUCAACGGGGGGUGCCAUGUCGAACCAGAACCUCAACCAGAUAGUGACGGAUUACCUGCUCAAGCGGGGUUUCAACCGAACCGAAGAAGUGUUCCGGCAAGAGUCAAAACAUCUCGGGCCCGAUGGCAAGCCCAUCCAGCAGCUGGCUACCAUGGGGCCCAAGAAGUAUCAAAAGGCCUUCAAGCUCUUGAAGGAAUGGGUCGACAACAACUUAGACUUGUACAAAUUCGAGCUGUCGAAGCUCCUUUGGCCCUUGUUUGUCUACUCGUUCUUGGAGCUCGUCACGCUCGGAUAUGCAGAUGAUGCCAAGGCCUUCUUGAAGGAGCUCGGCCACCAUUUCCAACCCGUGCACGCAGACGACCUCAAGACGUUUGCAACCAUCACCUUGCCCCAGCACGUCGAGGAGAACGAAAUGGCCAAGCUCUACAAAGAAAACAAGUACCGCAUUCCACUAAACCAGCACGCUACGGGUGACUUGUUCAACUUUCUCGAGCGUGAGUCCGAGCAAGGCGGAUCGGUCAUCCGCCAGCUCAUCGCCUCGUCGUGCCAACUUGACUCCACCGCUCGCGGCCCCAUCACGCCCUUCAGUUUCGAAGCCGUCUUUCGAAGAUCCAAAAAUGCAGAUAUUGAAGAGAUCGACGCCAGUGAAGGCAUCCCGGGUGUCAACAUCGGGCUCGCUAACCGAGACGUGCUCGACCCCGCGCAGCCGCUGAAGCUUGGUCCGCUCCCGAUGGAGCCGGAGCUUCGCGAGGAUGUGCGGGCCGAGCUUGAGGAUGAAGAGAAGCGCAACCCGCCGCCCGAGGGAAGCACCAGCCUGGUCGACGAGUUUGACCAGAAGAUUAAGCGUGAGGAGAGUGCAGAUGCCCCGAGCCGCGCCGACCUGCCGCUGCCCCCGUCACGACCUCGUGAUAUCAUGCUGGAGAUGCAAAAGGUGCGGGAGAAUCGAGACCGAUUCAAGAUCGAAGGGCGGACCGGUGGCAUUGGAACAUCUGUAAGCGCGUGCAUGUUCACCUUUCACAACACGCUGGGCGGCGUUACCUGCCUGGAUUUCUCCGACGACGGCCGGCUCGUCGCCGCCGGCACGAGCGAGUCGUAUAUCCGUGUCUGGUCUCUCGACGGCAAGGAGCUGCCGACAAUGAACCCGCACGAAAAAGACGCCAAAUUCAACAGCCGCAAGCUUAUCGGCCAUUCGGGCCCUGUCUAUGAUGUGUCCUUCUCUGACUCCGCGUCAGGCCCGCCGCAGAAGCUCUUUGGAGACGAUGGUCGACACUUGCCUGCUAUCGACGGCCGACCGAAGCUGCUCCUAUCUUGCGCCGCUGAUGGCCACAUCCGCCUCUGGUCUCUCGAAUCCUGGAGCUGCCUCUGCUUGUACAAGUCGCACGACGGCCCCGUCUACCGCACGAUGUGGGGUCCUCACGGUCACUACUUCCUCAGCGGCGGAUACGACAAAGUUGCGCGCGUUUGGAUGCAGGAUCACGCGUCGCCGCAACGGCUCCUUGUCGGACACGACACAUCCAUCUCUGCCAUCACGUGGCACCCCAACGGGAUGUACGUCUUCUCGGCAUCUGACGAGACUGACAAGUCGAUUCGGAUGUGGUCGGUCCUCACGGGCCAGUGUGUGCGCGUCUUCACCGGUCAUACCGACUACAUCAGCGCCCUCGAGUGCGCGCCCAACGGCACGCUCCUGGCCAGCGCUGACUGCUCUGGGAACAUCAUCUUCUGGGACAUCAACAAGGGCACUCGCAUCAAGCGGUCGCGUGGUCAUGCACGGGGCGGCAUCUGGUCGCUCAGCUUCAGCGUCGAGUCUAACGUGCUUGUGUCCGGUGGACAGGACGGUACUGUGAGGCUCUGGGACGUGGAGCUGCCGGUGGACCCGCAGAAAGUAGCCCAGCAGGUGGGCCUCGAUCCAGCUGCUCCGGACGCACCGGCUGCCGGAGCGGGCAACGCGCAGGGCAACGCCACUACCGCGCAGCCAGCGCCCGCGACCGGAACCCACAAGAAGAAGGGCAAGGAGGUCAUGGUGACUCCCGACCAGAUCAGCGCCUUCCCAACCAAGAAGACGCCUGUAACGAAGGUCAAGUUCACCAGAAUGAACCUCGUGGUGGCUGGUGGUUGCUACGACCCGGAGCGCUAGGAGUUCGCACCAGGCGAGGAGACCAGCCAGAUGCAGCGAGCGGAGGCAUGGGAGAUGCUGCUCACGAAGAUGGUACCGGAUGCAGAGACGCAGGGUGCCAAUCUCAGGGCCAGGGCUAGGGCAAGAGGCCAGAAGAGAAAGGCCAGCGAGGCAAAUAUUGCGGCGUGAGGUGUUACGGAGUUUGGCAAAAGAUGCGGCGCAAGGUUUCCGGGCUGCGUUGGCGAGGCCGCCGUGUUGAGGAGACGCGAUUCAGCUAGAUUUGUACCUUAAUGUUUGACUACUAGCGC